AAGAGAUGACUCAACAGCUCUCUAAUAUAAGAUACCCUGAUGGAGGCAACCCAUGUCAACGAUUCAAGCACCAAGCGAGGAAAAUAUGACUAUGGACUACACAUGGGUGAUCCUGUUUUCCUUGCUUCAUGUUCUAACUGUGGGUACAGGAAUGCCUUUGCCAGAAGACAAGAGCAAUAUUGAUCAAAUAAUAAGAACACUAAUGGUUAGACUGAAAAAAUUUAAGACGACUCAACACUUGAUUGUCACCCCUCCCACUGAACUGCAAGGGUUUUCAUCCAUAGUAGAAUCCCUGAAAGCCUACAAUAGGUCGAUCUCUGAUAACUUGAUGGAUGUUAGCCAAGUCAAAACUGACAUCUCUAAAUUGGCUAACACCAUCACCAACAAAUGGAUGAACUGCACGGCAAGAACACCAGAAAUCAUACUUCCCAAGCGGCUGCGCGACCUCCAGGAGAAGGACCCUAACCUUUUUGAAAGCGUGACGGAAAUGGCGGUCCAUGGCUUGAAAGAGAUCCUCAAACUGCUCCAGGAAAAUUUUGAUAGUAUUGCAUCUUGCUGAAAAAUGGACACCUUUGAUAAUGGGGCAACAUCUGGAUGAAUGACUUACUGCAAUGUGAAGAACUUUAAAGUCAUGAAACUUGAUAAAAAGCCCUUUAAAAAGCAGGCCAUUUAUCAUGUGCAAAGAUUUGUAAACUCUGCACUAGCAUGAUGAGGUGGAAUUUAAUACAAUCUUAAUUUUAUUUUUAAAAGGCACUUAUUUUUAUGUAGAAUAUAUGUAUGUCUUGUAUUUAUUUAUUUUCCUACUUAUUUAAUCAAAGCAAUU